GAGGUGAACUGGGUGACUUUUAAAUACAACGGCUCUACAAUCGUCCCUGGAGACCAAGGGGUAGACUAUGAAACCUUUAAAAGGAAGUGCACAGAUGAUGUUCGAUUGUUUGGCUUUGUCCGAUUCACCACCGGUGAUGCCAUGAGCAAGCGAGUCAAGUUUGCCCUCAUCACUUGGAUUGGAGAAGAUGUCAGUGGCCUGCAGAGAGCCAAAACUGGGACCGACAAGACUCUGGUCAAAGAAGUAGUACAGAACUUUGCCAAAGAAUUUGUGAUCAGUGACCACAAAGAGCUGGAUGAGGAUUACAUCAAGAACGAGCUGAAGAAAGCAGGGGGGGCUAAUUAUGAUGCACAGACUGAGUAAACGCACGAACCUCCUGGCACCAACACCUGGAUCUCAAAGGGAGGGGAAAGGCACAACAAACUAACACGACUGAGAGACGAGGCAACUGAAAUCCCCAGCUUUCUGUGUGUGCACCUAAGAACUCCCUUCCUUUGCAUACAGUGGACUCUUAUUUCCCAUUCCAUCUCAUGAAACAUCCCUCUCUGGGGUUCUGUGUUUCCCCCCCCGUCUAUUUUUUUACUCAUAACUCUGUCCAUGUUCUUGCAUCUGUGGAAUUUAGGUUUGGCUCUGCUUUGGUCCUAUUCAGCAUUGUGUUCGUAGAGGCUUGCCAUUGUGUCCUUCUUCAUAUGCAUGUCUGUGUGUUUUAGUUGGGCUCAACCUGGUCUCUGAGGGGAGAAGGUUUUGGGGGAGUUCUGGACAUUGAUUAUUUUCAUUUUU